AAGAGUCCUAAAAGAUGUACAAAGUUGUCGUUUUGGUUGUGGCCCUUUUCGCCGUGGCCAACGCGGUUCCUUCCGCGUAUGAUACCGAGCAAGUGUGGAGAGCCGGAAACCUGUCCUACUCGGUUCCCAGCACUGCCAUCCUUGGAGGCUACGAUCCCUAUGGCUAUGGUACUUACGUGGGUCGUGUCAAGGCCGGAAACGACAUCCUUCCCGCCCGGAUUCUCGUGGAAACCGGAACCGCAUACUAUAACACGGAGACCGCUUCUGGAAAAUCCCUGAUCUACGACUUCCUAGUUGCCGAGCGAAAUGUCAAGUAUGUUUGGCAGAGAAGCUUCGAUGGAUUCUACGAGAAGAAUUCUGUAGCCGUGGGCACGACCGCCAAGAACGAGCUGGUCUAUAUCUGCCGAGCGAAGAGUGAUGGCGGAAUCCUGAUCGGAACCCUGUUCUUAAGAACCAAGAUGUGCAUCAUAAAACAUGAUAACCUAUCCUUGCAAAAAUUUAGCAAAUACGAAGUUCUGGUGGCCCAGCCCAAGAGCAAUGGUACAUUCUAUUAAACGAAAAAAUAAUUCAAAUA